CACAAAUUACAGGUUUGGGUAAUUUUUGACGACAUGAAUUUACCGGAGAAACGUAUGAAAGAAGCAGUGGACGUAUUGAUCGAUGACAUCGAUCAGAGUUAUUUGAGAGGAAUACAUAAGAAAAUGUUCGUUUGCUCAUCAGAUUGCUACGAUAGGAGUAUGAAUCGAGAUAUUAUAGAGACUUGUGUUGAAGAUUGCAACAGACCUGUCAAAAAGGCAACUAGUAUUUUGCAAAAAGAACUUGACGAUUUACAGGCACAGUUGAAUCGUUGUGGAAUGACAUGUUUCGACAAAGCGACGCAAAAAUUUGGUCCAGAUCCCGCAAAGUAUACUGAGGUUCAAAGCAAAGAAUUUGAUAAACAACUUUUAAAUUGUGCAUCUUCCUGUGUUGACGACCACAUCAAACUGCUGCCGAAUAUUCGGAAACGAUUAAUUGACUCCUACCAAAGAUUUUUGAAGUGAAAUUACUUCUUGCCACUUCCGCUUGUUGUUUUAUGCUCUAAUUGCUCAAUAUGAGUAAGAACGGACAUACAUGAUUUUUGAAGCGAAAUUACUUCUUGCCACUUCUGCUUGUUGUUUUAUUCUCUAAUUGCUCAAUAUGAGUACUGGGUUACCUUUCCCCAAGUGCUUGGGACGCUCUUCGGCUAAAGAAAACUCUGGUUGUAAGGCUUUUCGUAAAAUUAACGUUAAACAUAAAACCGCCCUUGGAUGAACUAAAUUUUUUGAUAUGCAAUUGUGAAACAAUAUGCCAGAAAUUUACCAAUGUCUCUUCAUUCUGUAUUUGUUUCGUCAGUUUCUUAAGUUCUAAAAUUUUCUAUUUUGGAUGUCAAAAUGAAUGUGUGGUUGGCA